GCGCAGCCCCGACUUACUCAGAGGCUGCAACUGUCAUGGCGGUGACGGUCUGAAAGCUCCAUACCUACAUCCACCUAACCCGGGGAGCAGCGAGCAGGAAGCGACGGCGACACAGCACACCGAACGCCGUCUCUCGGCCGAGCGGGAGUGAGUAGAAGCAACACCGAGCGGAGCCCUUGUGUUCUUUAAAAAAACAACAAACGGUCGGUUAGUGAGUUUGUCGCUCCUACCUGUCAAGUGUCGGACAAUAGCAACUAAAGUGGCCGUCUUUCAAGCCUCGUCACCGGCGACAGGGGACCGUCUUUCUUCCAUCCCUCACCGUCUCUUUGGACUGCGUGUGUCCGACUGUGUGCCAUCAAGUUGGGGACUGGAGAAGUAGUUCUUCCACGGCGGAAGAACACUAGUAGUACUUUUCCUGUUGGACGCACUUUUUAAUUAUCUUGAAUUGUUGGGGACUCAAGAAGUAGUUCUUCCACGGCGGAAGAACACUAGUAGUACUUUUCCUGUUGGACGCACUUUUUAUUUGUCUUGAAUGGGGGAGGACAUAUUUGUUUUAAGUGCGUGUCGACUGGGGAAUUAAAGAAGAAAUAGUACUCCAACUUCCGAGGUGAACAGGUGCCUUUUUUUUUUUUUUUUUUUUUUACCUGUGGGCGCCACCUGAGGCCAUGGCGAGCGAGGAUCAGUCCUCCGCCACGCCGGGCAACGUGGCUCUCAACCCCGCCGUGCCCAUUCGGGGCAUCCGCAUGAAAUUUGCCGUGCUGACCGGUCUGAUGGAAGUCGGGGAAGUGUCCAACCGGGACGUCGUGGAGACCGUCUUCAACCUGCUGGUCGGCGGACAGUUCGACCUGGAGAUGAACUUCAUCAUCCAGGAGCCUGACAGCAUUGUGUGCAUGGUGGAGCUCCUGGACAAGUGCGAGCUCACCUGCCAGGCCGAGGUGUGGAGCAUCUUCACCGCCAUCCUCAAAAAGAGCGUUCGCAACCUGCAGGCGUGCACCGAGGUGGGCCUCAUCCAGCUGGUGCUGCAGCGCGUGUCGGCCACUGACAGCAUGAUCGCAGACCUGCUGGUGGACAUGCUGGGCGUGCUGGCCAGCUACAGCAUCACGGUCAAAGAGCUGAAGCUGUUCUUCAGCAAGCUCCAAGGAGAGAAAGGCCAGUGGCCUCGUCAUGCAGUGAAGCUUCUGUCAGUGCUGAAGUACAUGGCUCACAGGAAUGGACCUGACUCCUUCUUCAGCUUCCCCGGGAAAAACGCAGCUGCCAUAGCUCUUCCACCUAUUGCAAGGUGGCCCUACCAGAACGGCUUUACAUUCCAUACGUGGCUGCGCAUGGACCCUCUCAACAACAUCAAUGUGGACAAAGACAAGCCUUACCUCUACUGUUUCCGCACCAGUAAAGGCCUCGGCUACUCGGCACACUUUGUGGGCGGCUGCUUGAUCGUGACCUCGUUAAAGUCCAAGGGGAAAGGAUUCCAGCACUGUGUGAAGUUUGACUUCAAGCCGCAGAAGUGGUACAUGGUGUCCCUGGUGCACGUCUACAACCGCUGGAAAAACAGUGAAAUUAGCUGCUACGUCAACGGAGAGCUGGCCUCUUUCGGGGAGAUCGCCUGGUUCGUCAACACCAGCGACACGUUUGACAAGUGCUUCCUGGGCUCCUCUGAGACGGCGGACGCCAACCGUGUCUUUUGUGGCCAGAUGGGGGCGGUCUACUUAUUUGGAGAGGCCCUCAAUGCCGCUCAGAUCCUGGCCAUCUACCAGCUGGGUCCAGGUUACCAGGGCACGUUCAAGUUCAAGGCCGAGAGUGACUUGCUGUUUGCCGAGCACCACAAGUCUCUGCUGUACGACGGCAAGCUGUCCUCCUGCAUCGCCUUCGCCUACAAUCCUCGUGCCACAGACGCCCAGCUCUGCCUGGAGUCCUCCCCAAAGGACAACGCAUCCAUUUUUGUCCAUUCGCCACACGCGCUCAUGCUUCAGGAUGUGAAGGCGGUGGUGACUCAUUCGGUUCAGAGCGGCAUACACUCCAUCGGCGGAGUGCAGGUCCUCUUCCCACUCUUUGCACAGCUGGAUUUGUGCCAGCCCUCCAGCCACGAGCUGGACACCUCUGUCUGCUGCACGCUGCUGUCCUUUGUCAUGGAGCUCCUGAAGAACUCAGUGGCUAUGCAAGAGCAGGUUCUGGCCUGCAAGGGCUUCCUGGUCAUCGGGUACACUUUGGAGAAGUCCUCCAAGGUCCACGUGACGCAGCCCGUCCUGGACAUCGUCCUGGCCUUCUCCAGAUACCUCAGCAACUUGCAGAACGGCAUCUUGUUGCUCAAGCAGCUGUGCGACCACAUUCUGUUCAACCCUGCCAUCUGGAUCCACGCCCCUGCCAAGGUGCAACUCACUCUGUACACGUACCUGGCCACGGAGUUCAUCAGCACGGUAACCAUCUACAACGCCAUCCGCAGGGUGGGCACCGUGCUGCAGGUCAUGCACACGCUCAAGUACUACUACUGGAUCGUCAACCCGCAGGAUCGCAGCGGCGUCGUGUCCAAAGGCCUCGACGGCCCGAGGCCCACCCAGAAGGAAAUACUGUCUUUGCGAGCCUUUCUGCUUUUGUUUGUCAAGCAGCUCAUUAUGAAGGACCACGGUGUGAAGGAGGAUGAGCUACAGAGCAUCCUCAACUAUCUCCUCACCAUGCAUGAGGAUGACAAUCUAAUAGAUGUGCUGCAGUUGUUGGUGGCAAUGAUGUCUGAGCACCCAGGAUCCAUGGUGCAGGCCUUUGACCAACGCAACGGCAUUCGAGUGAUUUACAAGCUUUUGGCCUCCAAGAGUGAAGGAAUACGAGUACAGACGCUCAAAGUGUUGGGUUACUUCCUGAAAUAUCUGACACCCAAGAGGAAGUCCGAGGUCAUGCUGAAUCAGAGCCUCUUCUCUCUGCUCACGGAGCGCCUGACGCUCCAUGCGGACCAGUUCUCCAUGACGACCUACAACGUGCUCUUCGAGAUCCUCACAGAGCAGAUCUGCACACAAGUGAUCCAUAAACAACAUCCAGACCCGGACUCCAGCGUGAAGAUCCUCAACCCGCAGAUUCUGAAAGUCAUAGCCGCCUUGCUGAAGAGCUCCCCGUCGUCGCCCGAGAGCAUGGAGGUGCGCAAGGUCUUCUUGUCCGACAUGAUCAAGCUGUUCAACAACAGCAGGGAGAAUCGCAGGAGCCUGCUGCAGUGCUCGGUGUGGCAGGACUGGAUGCUGUCGCUGUGCUUCAUCCACCCACAGAGCAGCGAGGAGCAGAAAGUCACAGAGAUGGUGUACGCCGUCUUCCGCAUCCUGCUCUACCACGCCAUCAAGUACGAGUGGGGCGGCUGGCGGGUCUGGGUGGACACUUUGUCCAUCACACACUCCAAGGUCACCUUUGAGCUGCACAAAGACGGCCUGUCCCGUAUGUUCCGCCAGUACCAGUCUGCGGGGUCUCUGGGAACCAUCCGAACCGUGUCUGGAGUCAGCCAGAGCUCAGAGACAGCGGUUUGUGUGAACGGACAACCAGCAGAGGGCACGCCCCCGUCCACCGUCAUCGAGCUCACUGUGGACUCAGAGCCUUCCGCCGACCCGUCUCCUGGAGAGGCGUCCAUCACUGUGUCCCAAGUGGUGGAGGAUGAGCAAAAACUGGCUUCUGAUGAUCAAGCUGAGGUUCAGGUCGUGGAGGCUUCUGAUGAACAAGCUGAGGUUCAGGUCGUGGAGGCUUCUGAUGAACAAGCUGAGGUUCAGGUUGUGGUCGAUAAACAGGAUGAAAGUGCAAACCAACAAGUGGUUCAGCAGACUGAAGAUAACGGCACACAAAAACUUGGAACAGGUGAUGACGAGCUGGUGAAAGAUGUGGACAACAAAAAAACAUCUCUGUCCAAAGACCCUUCGGAUGAAGUAGACUCAGUGACUCCGGUGUUGUUGGAAGAAGUCUGCAACCAUGACCAAACGUCCCCGGAGCCCGCCACCUCUCUGGACAACAGCGCAGUGGGCGGUGCCUCGGUUUUCAAUGAAGAUUUGGUUGAUGUGUCUUCUGUUAGCGACAACCAAGAGGAGUACUCGAAUACUUUGGCUGCAUCCGAAGACCAAGUGGGGGCGACGGUAAAGGAGGAAGAGGGAACAGGGGGAAAUGACGGACAAGACUUGAAGGAAGAAGACAAAGAAAAGGAAACAAUUAUAGUCCAGGAAACCAAUGAAGGUCAGAGUGUAGAGGCUGCACCAGGUGACACACCAGAACUAAAUGUCACAGAGCCACAGAAAGAACCAGUCCAAGAGGAAUUGUCGGACCAGCAGCCCGCCGUUACCUCUACUGACCAGGAGACGGCUGCUGUCCUUUCAUCCCUCUCGGACGCCACAACCACCAGCACUGCUCCCGCUACGGUGGACGUUCCAUCCAAAAGCUUAGUACCAAGCCCUGCCGUCCAGAAGACCAAAGAGGUCAAGAUAGCCCGACUGGAUGUGGCCAACGUGGCUUUAGACACCGAGAGGCUGGAACUGAAGGAGACAAGCCAAGGACCAGCGGCAGCCACCGCCGGUCCCUCAGGCCAGCCGAGAGAGAGCGGAACCUCAGCGCCGCGAUCCACCAUGUUCCGCAUCCCAGAGUUCCGCUGGUCCCACAUGCACCAGCGUCUCCUCACCGACCUGCUGUUUGCCAUCGAGACAGACGUGCAAAUGUGGAGGAGCCACUCCAGCAAGACGGUUCUGGACUUUGUGAACAGCGCCGACAACGUGGUGUUUGUGCACAACAGCGUGCACCUCGUCUCCCAGGUGGUGGACAACCUGGUCAUGGCCUGCGGAGGCAUCCUGCCGCUGCUCUCCGCCGCCACCUCCUCCUCCCACGAGCUGGAGAACAUCGAGGCGUCUCAGGGCCUGACGCUGGAGGCCUCCGUCACCUUCCUGCAGCGCCUCGUCAGCCUGGCGGACGUGCUGGUCUUCGCCAGCUCGCUCAACUUCACCGAGAUCGAGGCGGAGAAGAACAUGUCGUCGGGCGGCAUCCUGCGCCAGUGCCUCCGCCUCGUUUGUGCCAUGGCGGUGAGGAACUGUCUGGAGUGUCAGCAAGCACACUUGAAGCACACCAAAGAAAGCAACGCCGCCCUUCCGGCCAAAUCCGUGUCGGCACAGAGUCCAGUGGACGCCAUCACGGGAGGACUGUCUCCGGUGCGAGACUUUGAGCGACUGCUACAGGACAUGGACAUCAACCGCCUCCGGGCUGUCGUCUUCAGAGAUAUCGAGGACAAUAAGCAGGCUCAGUUUCUGGCUCUGGCCGUGGUCUACUUCAUCUCCGUCCUCAUGGUGUCCAAGUACCGUGACAUCCUGGAGCCCCACAAUGACAGGAAAGACGCUCAGAGAACACAGUCUGGGAGGAGCUCAGAUGUCGCUGCCUGUUCUGCCGCUAUGGAAGCGGAGAAUGGCGUCUCCCUCCGGCGUUACGAUUCUGGCAUCGUUGACGACCACACUUCGACCGCCGUCAGCGAGGCCGAUCUCUCGUCCUCGCUCGCGACCCACGGCGGCCCGGACGCCAUCUCGGAGGCCCUGUCCACGCUGUCCUCGGAGGUCAAACCCACCGCCGGUCAUGGCGAUGCCAAGGGCAAAAACGUGAAGGACAUCCUGCGCAGCCUCGUGAGCGGCACGCCCGACGACCUCGCCGUGGAUCCAAGCCUGCUGCCUCCGGCCUUUCUCGCAGGGCUCAGCGACAUCGGAAGAGACUCCCUGCAGAUUCGCUCCUUUGACAGGAGCGUGGUGCUCGCGCCCAAGAAAGCUGGCCUGAUGUCUCAGGUUUCCACCACGGCCUCCUCCGCGCCCGCCGUGUCUGUUGGGACGCCUGCUGAUGGCGUGGCUGUGGUAUCUUCUGGAGAUACGUCGCAGGUUAGCGGCACCUCUGCAGACGCCGGCGGCCAGGUUCCAGCCAGCGCCAGCUUGCCAUCUGUCCCGCAGCUCCCCCCCGUCACCCAGCACACGGCCCCCAGUAUGAGCAUCUCGGAGCGUCUGGAGCACGCUCUGGAGAAGACCGCCCCCCUGCUGAGAGAGAUCUUUGUGGACUUCGCCCCCUUCCUCUCCCGCACGCUGUUGGGCAGUCACGGGCAGGAGCUCCUCAUCGAGGGCACCAGCCUGGUGUGCAUGAAGUCCAGCAGCUCGGUGGUGGAGCUGGUCAUGCUCCUGUGUUCACAGGAAUGGCAGAAUUCCAUCCAGAAGAACGCAGGUCUGGCCUUUAUCGAGCUGGUCAACGAAGGCAGACUCCUGAGUCACACCAUGAAGGACCACCUGGUCCGCGUGGCCAACGAAGCAGAGUUCAUCCUCAGUCGGCAGAGGGCCGAAGACAUCCAUAAACAUGCCGAUUUUGAGUCCAACUGUGCCCAGUACGCCGCCGAGAAGCGGGACGAGGAGAAAAUGUGCGACCACCUGAUCCGUGCCGCCAAGUACCGGGACCACGUGACGGCCACGCAGCUCAUCCAGAAGAUCGUCAACAUCCUGACCGACAAGCACGGGGCCUGGGGCAGCUCGUCCAGCAGCCGACCAAGAGAGUUCUGGCGCCUGGACUACUGGGAGGACGACUUGAGACGGCGACGCCGCUUCAUCAGGAACCCCUUCGGAUCCACCCACUCUGAGGCCACGCUGAAAGCCGCCGCCGAGCACGUAACUUUUGGGAUAAAUUCAUCAGAAGAAGACAUCCUGAAAGGACAGCAGUCCAUCAAGGGGGGUCAUCCUCUGGCCCAUCAGAACUCUGAGAGCGACGCCUCUCUCGACGGGGACGACGACACGCUGUCGUCUUUGGAGGAAAAAGACUUGGAGAAUUUCACGGGCCCGGUCAACCUGAGCACAGGGGCCCAGCUGGUGGCUCCGGCCGUGGUGGUGAAAGGAACCCUGUCAAUCACCGCCUCCGAGCUCUACUUCGAGGUGGACGAGGACGAGCCCGGCUUCAAGGCCAUCGACCCAAAGAUAUUGGCGUACACGGAAGGUCUGCAUGGAAAAUGGCUGUUCACGGAGAUCAGGGCCGUCUUUUCCAGGCGGUACCUCCUGCAGAACACCGCCCUGGAGAUCUUCAUGGCCAACAGAACCGCCGUCAUGUUCAACUUCCCCGACGCCGCCGCCGUCAAGAAGGUGGUCCACAGUCUUCCUCGCGUCGGCGUCGGCACCAACUUUGGCCUGCCGCAGACCAGGCGUAUCUCUCUGGCCACACCCAAGCAGCUGUUCAAGGCCUCCAACAUGACUCAGCGCUGGCAACGCCGCGAAAUCUCCAACUUCGAGUACCUCAUCUUCCUCAACACCAUCUCUGGCCGGACCUUUAACGACCUGAGCCAGUACCCGGUCUUCCCGUGGGUCAUCACCAACUACGAGGCGGGCGAACUUGAUCUGACGUUGCCCAGCAACUUCAGAGAUCUGUCCAAGCCCAUCGGCGCUCUGAACCCCAAGCGGGCCGCCUUCUUCUCCGACCGCUACGAGUCUUGGGAGGACGACCAGGUGCCCAAGUUCCACUACGGCACCCACUACUCCACCUCCGGCUUCACGCUCAUGUGGUUGCUGCGCGUGGAACCCUUCACAACGUUCUUCCUCAACUUCCAAGGAGGGAAGUUCGACCACGCUGAUCGCACCUUCUCCUCCGUGUCUCGAGCCUGGAGGAACUGCCAGAGAGACACGUCUGAUGUCAAGGAGCUGAUCCCGGAGUUCUUCUACCUCCCCGAGAUGUUUGUCAACACCAACACGUACAACCUGGGGGUGAUGGAGGACGGCAUGGUGGUCUCCGACGUGGAGCUGCCCCCCUGGGCCAAGACCCCCGAGGAGUUUGUGCGGAUCCAUCGGCAGGCUCUGGAGAGCGAGUUCGUGUCCUGCCAGCUCCACCAGUGGAUCGAUCUGAUCUUCGGCUACAAGCAGCAGGGGCCCGAGGCCAGCAGAGCCCUCAACGUGUUCUACUAUCUCACCUAUGAGGGCGCCGUCAACCUGAACUCCGUCAGUGACCCCGUGCUCCGAGAGGCUGUGGAGUCUCAAAUCCGAAGUUUCGGGCAGACCCCCUGCCAGCUGCUCAUCGAGCCGCACCCGCCCCGGAGCUCGGCCAUGCAAGUGUAUCUUCUCCUGCAGACGCCGCUGAUGUUUACAGAGCAGAUGCAGCAGGACGUCAUCAUGGUGCUGAAGUUCCCGUCCAACUCUCCCGUCACGCACGUGGCCGCCAACACGCAGCCGGGCCUGACGGCGCCCGCCGUCAUCACGGUCACCGCCAGCCGCGUCUUCGCCGUCAACAAGUGGCACGGCCUUUCAGGUCACCCCAGCUCGGCCGUGCAGGACCAGCAGUACCAACUUCCUGUGGAGAUCGACCCCCUCAUAGCCAGCAACGUAGGGAGUCACCGGCGCCAGAUUUCGGACCUCCUGGACCAGAGCAUCCAGAUCAGCUCGCAGUGUUUCGUGGUGACGGCUGACAACCGCUUCAUCCUGCUGUGCGGAUUCUGGGACAAGAGCUACAGGAUCUACUCCACAGACACAGGCAAACUGACUCAGAUCGUGUUCGGGCAUCGCGACGUGGUGACGUGUCUGGCUCGCUCCGAGUCCUACAUCGGAGGAGACUGCUACAUCCUGUCGGGCUCCAGAGACGCCACCCUGCUGCUGUGGUACUGGAAUGGCAAGCUCAACAGCAUCGGGGACAGUCCGGGAACAGAGUUCACCACACCGCGGGCCAUCCUGACGGGUCACGACUGCGAGGUGACGUGCGCCAACGUGUGCGCGGAGUUGGGCCUGGUCAUCAGUGGCUGCAAAGAGGGACCCUGCCUGAUCCACUCCAUGAACGGGGACCUGCUCAGGACCCUGGAGGGCCCCGAGUGCUGCACGCAGCCCCGCCUCAUCCAGGCGUCCACGGAGGGACACUGCGUGGUCUACUACCAGAAGGGACACUUCAGCGUCUUCAGCGUCAACGGCAAGCUGCUGCGCCACCUGCAGGUGGAGGACAGCGUCAAGGCCAUGCUGCUGAGUCGUGACGGUCAGUACUUGCUGAUGGGCGGCGACGGCGGCGUCAUCUCGGUGCUGCAGGUGCACGACCUGAAGCAGCUCUUCACCUACCCCCCCUGCGACGCCGGCAUACGCUCCAUCGCCAUGUCACAUGACCAAAGGUGCAUCAUCACAGGCAUGGCGUCGGGAAGCAUCGUGCUGUUCUACAACGACUUCAACAGGUGGCACCACGAGUACCAGACCAGGUACUGAGCCGAGUACCAGACCGGGUACUGAGCCGAGUACCAGACCGGGUACUGAGCCAAGAACCGGGACGCCUUCUCGCCCGUCUAGCCAGCUGACUGUGGCGCAGUGACGCUCUACUUCCUCUUGGCGGCGCUGCCGAGUCCACGCCGAUGAAUGUAAACACAAAGGAAGUUUUUGUUUUGUUUUUUGAGACUUAUUUUCUAGAAGACAAAGAAGAAAGUUUUCUAUCUUUUGGGGGGCGUUUGUGUCUGUGCUUUAAAAAGAAGAACAUCUAUUUUUAGCUGUGAGAAUCUAUUUUCUUCUUCUCCUUCUUCUUCCUCUUCUUCUUCACUUAACGAUCCAAAUAUUUGUGUACUAGUCUUUGUAGUUUGUCGAAGAAGAACUUUUCAAUGAAGGGAUUUCUAUAUUCGUGUCCAAAUAUCAUCUUCUAUAUUUAAAAGAGCAUUCCUGGUCUCCCCGCAUGGCCCCCACUCACAUCAGAAAGGUUUAAGGUCACCUGACCACACCGUCGUCUCGGAUUGGAGGGAAAACCCGUCGCUUUAGAACAUCAUGAAGUCUCCAGCAGUCACUGACAAAAUGUUUUGGGUUUUUUUCUGCUGGUUUGAAGUGGUUUUUGUUUUUGUUUUGUGAGUGUGUGGAAUUCACAUUAAAUGGAAUUUUCUAACCGGA